CAACAUGAGCAUUUGGAGGUUUUGUAGUUGCUCUUGAGGUGUGAACUGCUUCCUUCUUACCUCCGCUUCAACUUCUCAACAGACGAUGACGUCAGCGGUUGUCGUAGAAAUACACAGUUACGAUCCAACCGUUUGCCCAUAAACUUGACAGUAGAACCUCAAACUAAAUGGUGGAUAGGUUUAUUAGAUGCACAUCGACUUUAAACAGCUUCAUUGGACAUUUAGAGUCACGUGUGGUUAGCUGCUGAUGCAGGUGUCGAGCGCACGUGCAGCUAAUUAACCAUGAUUGAAAUCAGGUGGUACAUUUUUUUUAAUUUUUUUUUUUUUACCGGAAGCCAUUUUUUACACUGUAGCUAAAAUGAUCUGAUUGGUCAGUUGUGACUGGCUUCCAUCUCUUAUCUCGAUCUUCAGGGUCUUUCAGCAUCUUCUUUACCCCGAUGAUUUUCCCCGCGAAUGGAGAACUUCAUGCUGUACGAGGAGCUCGGGAGCGGCAGCAGCUCUGUUGUGUAUAAGGGAAGACGGAAGGGCUCCCUCAGUUACGUGGCCAUCGUCCGUGCUGACAAGGCUAAGAGGCCUGAGAUCACUAACCAUGUUCGUCUCAGCCACGCUCUGUAUCACCAGAACAUAGUACGCUUUCAUGAGUGGUAUGAGACAAGCAACCACAUCUGGUUGGUCGUGGAGCUCUGUACAGGUGGUUCCGUGGAGUCUGUGAUUGAUCAGGGUGGAUGUCUGUCAGAGGAUGUAGUGAGGGUGUUUGGAUGGGACUUGGUCAAAGGACUGAAACACAUCCAUGAAUCGGGAAUCAUUUUCUCUGACCUGAAACCUGCUAAGAUCUUACUGGACGGUAGUGGCACCCUGAAGUUUGGUAACUUCUGUCUGUCCAAGGUAGAAGGAGAGACGCUGGAGAGUUUCUUUUACUUGCUCUUUACAUCUGAGGAGGCAGAUGGCACGGAGAACUUUGACAAGAUGAGGAAAAGAUUACAAGGUUCUCCAACUUACAGUGCCCCAGAGGUUCUGCAAGGAUCAGAAACCAGCAUGAGCUCUGAUCUCUGGGCUCUAGGCUGUGUACUCUACUACAUGUACACUGGCAAACCUCCGUUUUAUUCUGAUAGCUGCACUGAACUGUCUGAGAUGAUUAUGUAUCAAGAGCCACCACCGCCCAGACAGACAGGCGGUCCUCCCAGUGAAGAAUUCCAGAAGCUCAUAAAAGCCUUGCUCAUCAAAAACCCGGAGAAGAGGAUGGACUGGCCAGAGUUGCUUGGCCAUCCUUUCUGGAUACCAGUACUGAAGGAGGAAGAUGAUGUGGAGGAGUUGGAGGAGAAGGAUCAAGAAGAGGAUCAAGAGGAAACAGAUUGCUGUGAGGCAAUUGGUACAGCCAGCUUGAGACACUCAAGGAUUCCUGAUCCUUUACGUCCAGCCCAGGCAGAUGAGCGUCCCAACAGCCACUCAGCCAUCACCCAACCAGUCAAUAGGACUAAACUAAAGACAACACCUGCAACCAAGGGUGUAAUUUACGAUAACACAGAGCUCAGGCCAAAGAGUGGUGUGGAUGAGGACAACACCGAAGCUAUUUUUCUGCUCAGCUCCUGUGCCAACUCAAGAAGGAGCUGCAUUUCCUCAGACUCUCUAGACCAGAAUCCUGUUCCUCAGGCCAGCACUGGUACUGACAUCCCAUCUCGUGUGAAACAUCUUCUCCAUAGUGACUCUGAUCUGACCGUCACCCCAAUCAUGGACAAUCCCAAGAUUCUGAAGAGUCCUCCUGUGCGAUUUGAUCCUAAAACUCUUUGUGUUCCAGCAUAUUCAGUUGAGAAGCUGCACUCUCUGAGUGGUGAAGGCUGGACCGUCUUCCUCUUACAGCUUUGUUCUUCCCUUGAAGAACCGAAUCCCUCCACUCCUCCUCUGUCUGCCACAGCUGCUCGCUCUAAACUCAACCUGCUGUGUUACCUCUGCUGUGUGGCUGGACAUAAAGUCAUUGCUAACAAGCUGAUUAACUCAACCCUGCUCUCAGUAUUGACCCAGCAGUUACGCCAAGCUCCUAACUGGGAUGUGCGGAGCAAGAUUCUCAGGGUGAUGGGUCUUCUGGCUCUGCACUGUAGUGAACUUGGAGAGGAGAGUCCUGUUUCUGAGGCUGUGUCCACGUUAUCAGACCUGUUGAGGGAUAAUCUGAGGAAUAGCAAAGUAAAGCAUUUCCUGCUUCCACCACUUGGGGAGUUCCUCUACCUCAUCGCAUCUCAGGAAGAGAAGAGAGGCUCCCCAGAGGGACUGUGGUUCGUUCCCGCUGCCGCCUACACUGGCUUAAUGAGGAGCCUGCGGGAAGGGGAUGAUUCCAUAGUUCAUCACAUCGCUGCAAAAACCAUAGAGAACAUCUCCACCACCGUUUCUGGAUCCUCCCACCACCUGUUCACAACAGAGAUAGGCUCCGCCCUGUGGUACCAGUUCACUCACUCCACCGUGGAGGCUGUCAGAGUCACUGCCGUAUCUUCUCUUUCUAGGCUCACCCGGGUGGUGCCAGCAGUCUUCUUGGCAGUGAUUGACACAUGUGGCCCUGCGGCCAUCUUGGAGGGUGUGGGUGGAGCAGGGGCCAGGGUCCAGCAGCACCUGCUUACUGCUAUGGCCACUGCCUUAGUCACCUCACGCAUCCAAACCCACCACGUCACACAGACCAAGAAUUUGGUGUUGAAGGUGCUGCACUGUCUUGAGAGUCCAGCCACAGUGACAAGAGCCAAAGCGAUGCUUCUACUGCUGUUACUAAUUCAGGACAACUCACACACUCUGCUUUACUGCUGUCAACACAGACUUGUCAUGUAUCUGGAGAGAGACCUGCGCAAAGCCCGACCACUCAAGGCGAACCCCAACCAAUCCGGAUACCUGUCUCAGUGUCUGGACUUACUGGUCGCAUAUCUGAGCAGCACUGCACCACUGAUACUUGAGGAAGUCUUAUGUGCAUUGAGAGAUGUGAUCGGGAGGAGACAUCCGUCCACAGCUCAGAGCAAACAGCUUAAAAACACUUUGCCCACAUUGUCUGUCGUGCUGGAACUUCUUUCAUCACAGGUCAUCCGAUCUCAAAUUGUCACUGAAGAGUUUCUGGCUCAAAUUGGAUUGCUGCUUGACUAUGUCACCUCUAUAGAGUCCAGUGAAACAAACCUGGCCAGUGCUGUGGGUGCAACCGUUUGUGAAGAGUUAAUCAGGACGUGUCUGUCCAUCGUGAAAGUCCUGAGUCAGCACCAUGCUCUCAUCACUCCAUAUAAUACUGCUGUUGUGGAUGCCAUCCUGCCUCCCCUAACAACACUGGUUUUCAGCAGCAAUGUGGAGUGGUCUGUGUUUGUUUUGCGGGUGCUGUCCGAACUCAGUCUCGCCCUGCUGGUCCAGGAUGGUGAUGUACCUGAUGAAGAUGUGAGGACAGAGGAAAGAAAAGAGAGAGGAGAGGAAGGAGGAAGGGCACCAGAGGAAAGGGAUGAAGGAAUCUCUUCCAGUAAAAUCUUAGCUCUCAUCACUGAAUCUCUGCUUCCAAGGUAUGAAUCUCUUCUUCAAGCAGCAGAGCCAAUCCCACUCUACGCACUCAAACUGCUGGUAUCAGUGACUGAACACAGCACAAAGAUCUGCAGGUUGAUCAAACACAGUAGGAUCCUACCAACAGUUUUUCAGCUCAUUAUGGCUAAUAGAAGCAAUGUCACCAGCGGGAUGGUCCAAAAUGCAGUUGCCUUGCUGUGUAACCUCACUGAAGGUACAGUCAUGGACCUGGAGCCGCUCCACCAUCAAGGUCUAAUUGAAGUGGUCGUGAACACCCUCUCAGAAGCUGCAGUGGUCCCCCCGGAUGGAGACGGCCAUGCCAUGAGGAAGAUUGGCCAUCUUGUGCUACAAGCUCUUCUGGAACUGCUUCACAACAUACUAAAGCAAACAUCACAAUUUGUCCGUGCUGCACUCAAGAGCCAGAGGCUAUCUUGUCCAGCGGUAGAGAUGGGGGCAGCAGAGAAGCUGCUCCAAGCCAACAGACCCCUGAGCCAACUCAGCACACACCUCAUUCACAUGCUGUCUACGGAAAACCAGGAAGUAUGGGAGGAAUCUAUUCAGUGUCUAUCCCUGUUGGUCCAGCUGUACAGUGGAGAGGGUCAUGACUGCCUGUCGCCCUCCUGCUUGCAAAUCCUCUCACACACGCUGCGAACACACAUGCAAACAGUGCCCCUCCGAAUACAGCGCACAACCCUGAGGAUCCUCAAACGACUGGUGGAGACUACAGACAGAUCUGAUUGGUUAGAAUGUCCUGAAGGGGCGGAGCUAGCAGGUCAACUGCAGGAUAUAGCUGCAUCCAACAGGUGUCACGGGGACGUGGUUCUGCUGGCGGCUGAAAUCCUGCAGGAGAUCUCUGGAUCCUAGAAGCUUUUUAAUCUUCAAAACUUUUCUACCAAUCAAAGACGGUCCAGUGUGCAACUCUCCACUGUGAUUAGUCUAAUUAUUUCAAUUUCACUCGGUCGUCAGACAACCUGCUUCUGAGCAAUCUUAAAAAAGACAAGUUUGUUCUUUGAAGAUGUUGUAGGUUUUAGAUUAAAAUGACUUUAGACAUUAGUUACUAAUUUGCUAAAUCUCUGGUCCAGCCAGGCUCAGUGUAAGACCCUGGCCCUUAUAUACAUUAUUCUGUGUCUAUGAGUGACUGUGACCGUGUAAUAUCUUCGCUCAUCUCUCUACAUGACUCUCAUUACAUUUGCAAAUUGGAUCAAUCACAGUAAUAAAUAUUGCUCCGUCAUCAAAAUAAUUUGGCAGCUCAAUCAAAACAUCCAUCCAGUGUCCGUCAGACUGUAGAGGAUUACAGCACGAGUGUUAAUUCACUGUCAGAAGCUCUGGGCCUCCGGGUCUGAACUGCUCCAGUCAGCAAGUCUGAGGUCGACUGCAGCUGAGAACAACACACUGUUCAGCUGCUGCCACGUUUCCUUAAUGCAUCACACGCUCAACGUGCCAGUUAUCAGGAGCUAAGAUGCCACACAGAUGAAGUUUUCUUCUGCAAGCGGACAACAGAGAUCAGAUUAAAGACUGAUGUAAUUCUCCACACGUCAGGUCGGACAAA